CCUCCGAGAUGCCCCACCCAACGUAGGCGUCGCUCAAACGUAUAAAUGGCGAAGGACCGAGGCUGUCGCCAGUAACGGCGGGACCUGCCUGUCAACGGCAUCUGAAAGCGCAGCCUCUAAGUUGCCCCUUUCCCCGGAGACAUCAGAAUGAAGUUGGCGAGAGUUGGCUUGCUCCUGCUGUUCCUGUUCGUCACGCAGUGUCUCCUGGCCUGUGCCCACGAUAAGGAGGCGAAGCGGAGGAAAGGCAAAGGGCGCAACCGAGGGGAGUCCCGGGACGGAGAUGACCACAGGAAGGCACAGGCAUCUCCAGUCGAAGGGAGGAAGCAAGAGCGCAAAGGCUCGGCUCCAAAAUCUGGUAAAAUCGUGGGCAAAAACAAGGAGGAGUGCAAGUGGACAUUGCGAGGGGAAGAGACCGGCGAGAGGAACCUGCGCCUUGAUUGCAAAAAAGAUCACAGCGAUUACUGGUGUGAGUUCACGGGGCAUCCGUCGACCUGCCAGAAGUACGGUAGCAAUGUAAAGACCUACUGGAAACAAGUCACCAGGGCACUGAAGAGAAAGGCAGACUGCAGCGACCCGUCGGCGGUGCUGAAAGCAAACUUGUGCAAAAGCACAAAGGCGGCGCUAAUGAAAAUGAGCCGCUCCAGCCUGUUGCCCGCGGCCGCUGCCGACCAGAAGGAUCCGAAAGCCUCAGAUGCCACAGAGGGGGGCGAGCGUCCCGACAUUGAGCAAAUAACCGCCGAGAAUUGCAGCGAAAAGUGGGGAUCCCUCUGCAAGUUCAUGCUGUUAGCCUUCGAGGGCUAAAACAAGGGGGACUGCAACACCUCUGUGUCUGCGCUGUGGUGUAUUUUUUUAACUUGCUCUGGGACUACUGUUUGUAUAGCUGAUAAAUUGUAUUAAAGUUCCACGAUUUAUAAAUAAGCCAUUAAGGCGCAAAGUGUUUCUAAUUUAUUAACAGGUGUUCGGAACAUAGUCUCUCGCCCAAAACUCUUUUAAGACGCGCCGCUGUCCGUGACCCGGUACCGGGCAGAGCACGGUGUCCCGGGACUGCCUCUCCCUGCCUUUGCUUCCCGUUCUUGAACCAGUGCAAGGCAUGAUCGGGGUUGCAAUGAUUUUAAGCCCCUCUCUCAGACAGCCACGCGGACUAAACAACCGUCUCUCCACUUCAGGUUCUGCUUUGUCCAGUGUCAGUGAAGGGAAAGAUAUUCCCACUCACACAGCACGGCGUCUGAGCCACCAAGCGCACUGUCUGUCGCAUAGAUUAACCAGCGCGCAUUGUGAAUACAACUGUUUAUAUACAAUACUAAAAUGGAUAAUAAAAAUAUUUUGAAACACAA